UGGAGCCAGCGUACAGGAGGAGUGCACUUCCCCUGGCUGAUCCCUGCCUGCGGGAACAACAGGACUAAGCCAGUCACACAUCACCCUGGGGAUUAGUCGCAGGAGCAACUUGGAAAGCCAUCCCGGCACGGAAUUUUGUUCCUAUGUAACGUCCGCGACGGUGGCAGCAUGAAGAAAUCAGUCCACUCAGGAAUCACCAGGACCUCCAGUGGGAGACUUCGGCGACUCGGUGACCCAACAAGUCCAACUCUGAAGCGAUCUUUCGAGGUCGAGGAGGUAGACCAGUCUCCAAACUCCUCCACACCGCAAAGACGGACCCCGAACCCUCUCCUCAGGUCCACCGUAUCCAGCUCCACACAGAAAUUCCAGGAUCUCAGUGCCAGGAAUUCAGAGACACCUGCCAGACAUGCAGACUCUCCAGGCCAAAGGUCGCCUAAGUCGUCUCUGAGGAGGGUGGAGCUCUCCGGACCCAAACUCCCUGAGCCUGUGUCACGAAGAACAGAAAUCUCCAUUGAUAUCUCAUCCAAGCAAGUGGAAAACUCCACUCCAGGGUUAUCAAGGUUCGGCCUCAAGAGAGCAGAGGGGCUGGGGCACAAACCCCCUGAGCCCACUCCAAGAAGGACUGAGAUCACUAUAGGCAAGCCUCAGGAGCCCGCUGUCCGGAGGAUGGAAGCCCCCACCUCAAAGAUCCCGGAGCUGCCCCAGCGGAGAGCCGACACAGCCAGUGCCCCUGUGCCGGACGUUGCCACCAAACGGGUAGAAAUCCAGGUGGCAAAGUCUCCAGAGGUCCCAGUCCCACCUGUCAGGCAAGUGGAGAAUUUGGAGCCUUCCUUGACCAGUCAACAUCUCCAACCAGAAUCAAAGCCGCAACCAGUAAUGGCUGAAAUCCCUCCAAAGAGUCCAGAGGGUCCAGAGGCAGUUCCCAGUUACACGCCCAGCAUGACGGACGCCCCCAGAGACGCCGGCCUCAAGCAGGCGGCACCACCGCGGCCCGAAAAGCCGGCCCCCGACUUCAGCUACGUUGGGAUCGACGCCAUCCUCGAGCAGAUGAGAAGGAAAGCCAUGAAGCAGGGAUUUGAGUUCAACAUCAUGGUAGUUGGUCAGAGUGGCUUGGGGAAGUCCACGUUAAUCAACACCCUCUUCAAAUCCAAAGUCAGCCGGAAAUCUGUUCAGCCAGCUUCUGAAGAGCGGAUCCCCAAAACCAUCGAAAUAAAGUCGAUCACUCAUGAUAUUGAGGAGAAAGGCGUCCGUAUGAAGCUGACUGUCAUCGACACCCCAGGGUUUGGAGACCACAUCAACAAUGAGAACUGCUGGCAGCCCAUCAUGAAGUUCAUCAAUGACCAGUACGAGAAGUACUUGCAGGAGGAGCUCAAUGUUAACCGGAAGAGGCGGAUCCCAGACACCAGGGUGCACUGCUGUAUAUACUUCAUCCCAGCCACCGGCCAUGCCCUCCGACCGCUAGACAUCGAGUUCAUGAGACGCCUGAGCAAAGUGGUGAACAUCGUGCCAGUCAUCGCCAAAGCCGACACGUUAACGCUGGAGGAGAGAGACUACUUCAAAAAACGGAUCACGGCCGACCUGCUCUCCAAUGACAUUGACGUGUAUCCCCAGAAGGAGUUUGAUGAAGACUCUGAGGACCGGCUUGUGAAUGAGAAAUUCAGAGAAAUGAUUCCUUUUGCAGUGGUGGGCAGUGACCAGGAAUACCAGGUUAAUGGGAGAAGAAUUCUUGGAAGGAAAACAAAGUGGGGCACCAUUGAAGUUGAGAACACGACACACUGUGAGUUUGCUUAUCUGCGGGAUCUCCUGAUCAGGACACACAUGCAGAACAUCAAGGACAUUACCAGCGGCUUCCACUUUGAAGCCUACAGAGUGAAGCGGCUGAACGAGGGCCGGAGUGCACUCUCCAACGGCGUGGCCGACCAGGAGGCCAACGAAAUGUAACCGUCUCGCUCCGUCGCCAGGACCCAACGCGCUCGCGCUCUCAUUUCUUCCCCUCCCCCCCUUUAUUUUUAUAUAAUUCUUCUGCCACCGCCACCAUCCCCCUCCCCCGCGCUGCCGAUGUUAACUGACCAAAUAACCUGAUGCCGUAUCUAUCAUGAAGAGCGUGGUGACUGCCAGGCCCCUGGCGCUGCCCGCCUCGUGGCGCAGGGGUUCCGUUCUCAGCUCCCGUUGGGCGUAGCGAGGGGCAGCUGGGUGGUUGGACAGGAUGGCAGGGGAGGGGAGGAGAUGACUGUUCCAAGUCAGAAGUCAGUCUCUAUUUAUUAUCUAACACUAGCCCAAAGUGUAACCCCAGGGUAGGUGGAAGAGCCCCCUCCUCGCGAAGGCCUGCUCCAACUAACUCUACCUGGCUUCACCAGGAGCUGGAGCGGGCUCCGAGGGUUGCUUUAUAAUGAAAUCCAAGCCAUUAGGUAGGGGUGAGUCUCCUCCUCCUUGCUCACAGGAGCCGAUAAUGAAAUUAAUCUGAUUUCUCUCUCCUCCGUGUCUUGAAACGGCGCCAUGGAGUGGGGCCGGGGGCUGUCUCGGAGAAGAGGCGGCCUGCCCUCCUUGCUGCCAUGCAUCAUGUCUGUAAAGCUCGUUGGAACCAGAUGGCUUUGCCCUGCGUCAUGUGGCUCUUUUAUUUUCUCCUCCGUCCAUUGAAGGCAAGGCUUUCUCUAAGUAAACAUGGCCUUCAUAAGCGAGGUGCGGGCAUGAGGAUAGAUAGGGAAGGUGAUCACAAGCUUACCUCUGCUUCCUCUCUUCUGCCCCCAGCCCUGUGCCUAGCCAACCCACUCACUCCACUCCCUGUUACCUGCCUACAUGCAAUAAGCCAGGAAUGCCAUGGAGUGACUCAUGGAUCUUUAAAUCCCAGCCCGUUCUGAGAGAAGUGCCUUUGAAUUCAGCUCCCAUGCAAUAGCUAGUUUCUGUGCAGCCUGCCAAAUGCCAAUUGAGAUUGACUCUCCAGAGAUGAUUCUUCCCAGUUUUUCCCUGUCACUCAGUGCUUGGAUCAUACCUAUGGCUGGUUUCCUGGGAACACUUGUGUAUUUAUUUUUAAUUCAGUGUCCUUGUUGAAGGCUCAGAGUACGUUUGUGUGUGAAGGGGGCUGAGAACAGAACCAUCUCUGCAAAGCACGGGCAGGGGGCCGGAAUUCUUUGUACUGUGUGACUUGUGUGUUUUAUUAGGUUUUAAAUAAGCCAGAGGAGGCUGUUGGAUCAAUUUGGUUUAUUCCUUUACCUGGGCAACUUAUAUGUACAUAGCCAGUUCCUUAAUCUGGCAAUGCUUUCUCUAGAGAACCAUGUGCGUGCACACAGACCGAGCCCCGCAUGCCACACGCAUGUUAGAAGCCUUCAGCUGUAAGAAAGGCUAGGCUGGUAUCUCACGCAAGCUUUGUAGUAUAGGGUCCUUGAUCCCCAACAUGGUCUGUUGACUUAGAUCAGCUACCGUAAACGCCAAAUGUGCUUAAAUGAAACUCCAUGCAGGGUCAGAACCACCCAUCUGCAAGUCGAUCUUCGAGCAGAAAUCCAAUGCUCUGCCUUCAACUUCUGUCUAAAAGCCCAGCCCCAAGAGAGAUUCUGGUGCCUGUCCAACAUCACUUUUCUGACCCCCCCGUGGAGGUGUAAGACUGUGCCCAGAUUGUCUCCUCUUGGUGCUCCCACAAACUGGCAAAGGUGUCCCAACUUCCAGCCUCAUGGAGACUCCUGCAGAGCCCCCUGAGGGAUGAGACCAGUUACACGUUUACAGUCGGUAGGAAGGUUUUGAAGAGGGAUGCUGUUCUCGCCUUGAUUCAGAGGCCCGCAUGCUCUUCUUCAUCAGUGGAGUAUCUGCAGACUGCUGCUCCCCCCACAUCACUCUUCAGAGACCCAACCAUAGAGGGUGCUCAGGGCUGCAUCCCUCCACGCCAUUUCCAGCUGUCUUACUAUCCAUGCCAGGCCGGUUGCAACAGGAACCCAUUGCAGGCGCAUUGAGUUUAGCAGGGCCCAAUUCCGCAUGAUAGCAGAGGGAAGUAGCAUUUUGCAAGAUCGCCCCCCUUCGUGCCUGCAUGGGCAGAUGUUCUAUACUGGUGGGUUUGGUUAUGGGACACAUGAUGUGUCUGUGCAGGUGUGUUUGCCUUGCAGGUAAAAUCUGUACUCCCCUUUAACUCUGUUUCGCCCCCCUCCUGGAAAAAAUGUAGGAAUUUUUACAGAGCUGUGUUAAGUUGAGGAAAAUGAAUUAUUUACUUGCUGACUUGCUAUAUUUUAGCAAAAACAAACUAUUGUGUAUUAACUGAAAAAUGUAUGAAUUUCAAGUGUUAAGAAGACUAUUAAAGGGGAGGGUAGAAAGUCUUUUCUGCGUGAUGCACUUCUGCAAUUAUCACCAUCUUAAACUCCUUUCCUAGACAGUAUCUCAAGCUGGGCCAAGCAAGACAUGCCGCUUUCUCCUUUGUAAUCUAAUUUUUGGGAAAAAAAUGUUUAAAAAAAUUAAUCCAGAUCUAUUAAAUAUGGCCUUUUGGGUGUUAUAUGCAUUAUGACAAAUUUAGUCCUUUUUUGUAUAAAUAAUAGUGUUUAAUAUGUAUUUCCCAAAAUAAAUGUUUCAAAUGCAAA